UAAAGUGUAGUUAACAACCUUUGCUCCCUCUCUACAUUCACAAGAAUUCGUAGCUUUUAGGUGGCCCACACAGAUUACUUGCUGUGGAGCUUUCAAGAGCAUAGAAUCAUCUUUUUCACUUCCAAAAGAAGAUGCUAUUUAAUUUUAGGAUGCUGUUGAACAAUGCUACUCUGAGAAAUGGUCACAAUAUCAUGGUUCGAAAUUUUCGGCAUGGACAACCACUACUAAAUGAAGUACAGCUGAAGGGUCGUGACCUCCUGACUCUAAAGGACUUUACAGGAGAAGAAAUUAAGUAUAUGCUAUGGCUAUCAGCCGAUCUGAAAUUUAGAAUAAAACAGAAAGGAGAAUAUUUGCCUUUACUACAAGGGAAGUCAUUAGGCAUGAUUUUUGAGAAAAGAAGCACUCGAACAAGAUUGUCCACAGAGACAGGUUUUGCACUUCUGGGAGGACAUCCUUGCUUUCUUACCACUCAAGAUAUUCAUUUGGGUGUGAAUGAAAGUCUCAUGGACACAGCUCGUGUGUUAUCUAGCAUGACAGAUGCUGUGUUGGCUCGAGUGUUUAACCAUUCAGAUCUGGACAUCCUGGCUAAAGAAGCAUCCAUCCCAAUUGUCAAUGGGCUGUCUGAUAUGUAUCAUCCUAUCCAGAUCCUGGCUGAUUACCUCACACUCCAGGAACACUAUGGCUCUCUCAAAGGUCUUACCCUCAGCUGGAUAGGGGACGGGAACAAUAUCCUUCACUCCAUCAUGAUGAGUGCAGCAAAAUUUGGUAUGCAUCUUCAGGUAGCUACUCCAAAGGGUUAUGAGCCGGAUCCUAGUGUAACCAAGUUGGCUGAGCAGUAUGCCAAAGAGAAUUGCACCAAGCUGUCACUGAUGAAUGAUCCAUUGGAAGCAGCACAAGGAGCUAACGUAUUAAUUACAGACACUUGGAUAAGCAUGGGACAAGAAGAGGAGAAGAAAAUGCGGCUCAAGGCUUUCCAAGGUUACCAGAUUACAAUGAAGACUGCUAAGGUGGCUGCCUCUGACUGGACAUUUUUACACUGCUUGCCCCGAAAAGCAGAAGAAGUGAAUGAUGAGGUGUUUUAUUCUCCACGAUCACUAGUGUUCCCAGAGGCAGAAAACAGAAAGUGGACAAUCAUGGCUGUCAUGGUGUCCCUGCUGACAGAUUACUCACCUGAACUCCAGAAGCCAAAGUUUUGAUGUUAUGAUACGUGGCAAGAGGAAAACAGUGUUCUCCGGGAACAGAAUGAGUCAGUUUAUAUGGGAGGAACAAGAGAAUCUAGGCAGAAACAAAUCCCUAAUACAUGGUGUGGGUGAACUGUACGAUACUGCUUUGUCAUUGUGAGAUCAUCCUGAAGCCCUUAAGUGCUAAGGACCUGUAAUACAUUGCUUGACUUGGUUUAAAUUCUGUCUCUGUCUCUAAUUCACAAUUUGUGAAUCACAUUUGGGUGUCACAUUCAUUAUCAUAUGCAUUUGCUUCAACUA